GUUAAAAUAAAAAUGUACAGAAAUAUUAUUCAAAGGCGGCUGUUAUCAACUACUAGAGUUUCUUUCGACGCACCAAAAUCAAGCUGUAUCGCAGGUACACCAUUACCUGGAUUACAGAUACUGAAAGAUGAUCCAGAGAAGGUUGCCAGAGAGGAUGAAGCUUAUCCAGACUGGCUCUGGACCAUUUUAGAGCCAAGGGAUCUAUCAACUCAAGGUGAUCAAACAUUUAACGCUGCACAAGAACGUAAAAAUAUUAACAAGCAACAUAAAAUUGACAUUAAAGCAAAAAAUUUCCUGAAAUCGACAUAGAAUUGUACAUUAAACUCUCUUAUUACUUCCACGAUGUCAUUGUCUUCG